GGAGUCAUCCGGAGUUCAAAAACAAUAAUCUACUGAAAGGUCACAUGCGAAGUUCUUCAAAGAGAUGGAGAUUCUUUCUAAAAGUACUUUUGUCCUUGUCAUUUUUGCGAGCAUCUUGCCUUCUUAUGUAUUAUCCACGAAAGGUGUUCUAUCUUUGGACAGUCUGACUUUUGACAAGGUGAUUAAAAACUUCAAGUUUGUUCUGGUCAAAUUUGACAAGCAAUACGCAUAUGGGGAUAAAGAAGAUGAAUUCAAAAAGUUUGCAAUUCAAGUGGCAACACAGUCAGAGUUGUUGGUUGCUGAGGUCGGAGUUUCAGAGUAUGGUGAUAAAGAAAAUGAAGACCUACGAGAAAGAUUUGAUGUGAAAAAGGAGGACUAUCCUGUUUUCAAAUUGUUCAAGGCUGAUCAGGAUGAACCCAUCAAUUUUAAACAAAGUGUGACAAGUGAUGAUCUAGCUAGGUUUAUUCGUCUUGAGAGUGGCCUCUGGCUAGGUAAACCAAACACUUUGGAAAGUUUUGAUAAAGUCAUCAUUGAGUUUGUUAAAGCAGAUGAAGCAGAAUACGACAAAUUCAUAACUCAAGCAGAGACAGCCAUGGCUGCUGCUGAAGAGAAGGAUAAGGUGCCUGCUAAAGUCUACAUAAGUACUAUGAAAAAGAUUAAAGAAAAAGGAAUAGCUUACGUAAGUAAUGAAAUGGCAAGAGUUAAUAAACUUUUAAAUGAGAAGUUGAGCGAUGCUAAAAAAGCAAUGUUUAAGAAUCGUUUGGAUAUUUUGGCCUCAUUUGCAGAUUAUAUCAAUAAAGGAAAAGACGAGUUGUAGUUUUCUUAAAGUCAUAGCCGUUGAAUGUGCUUUAAAUUUUACCUUUUUUAAGUAACGAACAUUGCUGCCAUGUUCUGCCUUAGCAAUAAUCAUUGAAGCUUACAAAUGCAUGCAUGUUACAAUAGAACAGAAUAAAUGGUAGUAUUUUUUCUUUUCA